CAGGAAGCAGAGGAACAUGUUGAAGCUCUCAAUUCCAAAUGUUCAUCUCUAGAGAAGACCAAACAGAGGCUUCAGAUGGAAGUUGAUGACCUAAUGAUUGAUGUAGAGAGGUCAAAUGCAGCAGCAGCAGCUUUAGACAAAAAGCAAAGGAACUUUGAUAGGGUUAUAGGUGAGUGGAAGCAAAAAUGUGAGGAGUGCCAGACCGAGCUGGAGCUCUCUCAGAAGGAAUCGAGAAGUCUGAGCACAGAACUUUUCAAACUGCGUAAUGCCUAUGAGAUGGCCCUGGAGCAGCUGGAAACAGUAAAACGAGAGAACAAGAAUCUCCAACAGGAAAUAUCAGACCUCACCGAUCAGGUUGGAGAGACAGCAAAGACCGUCAGUGAGCUGGAGAAAGCUAAGAAACAGGUGGAGCAAGAAAAAGCUGACCUGGUGUCUGCUCUGGAGGAAGCUGAGGGAAGUCUUGAACAUGAAGAAGCCAAAAUACUUCGUAUCCAGCUGGAACUGAACCAGGUAAAGUCAGAGGUGGACAGAAAAAUUGCUGAGAAGGAUGAAGAGAUUGACCAGCUGAAGCGGAACACUCAGAGGACCAUUGAUGCCUUGAACAGCACUUUGGAAUCCGAGGUCAGAAGCAGAAAUGAUGCCCUGAGAUCCAAGAAGAAGAUGGAAGGAGACCUCAAUGAGAUGGAGAUGCAGCUGGGUCACUCCAACCGACAGGUGGCCGAGAGUCAGAAACAGCUGAAGAACCUGCAGGCCCAGCUCAAGGACUUGCAAAUACAGCUUGAUGAUCUGGCCCAUGCCAAUGAGGACCUUAAAGAGCACCUGGGUUUAGCUGAACGUAGGAAUAACUUACAGCAGACGGAAAUUGAGGAGCUGCGAAAUGCUCUGGAGCAAACAGAAAGAGUUAGAAAACUGGCAGAACAAGAGCUGCUGGAUGUCACAGAGCGUGUGCAGCUCCUACACAGCCAGAACACGGGUCUGAUUAACGCCAAGAAGAAAUUAGAGGGGGAUGUCAGUCAACUCCAGGGUGAGGUGGAGGAUGCCAUCCAGGAGAUGCGUAAUGCAGAAGAAAAGGCCAAGAAAGCCAUCACAGAUGCUGCCAUGAUGGCGGAGGAGCUGAAAAAGGAACAGGACACCAGUGCUCACCUGGAAAGGAUGAAAAAAAACAUGGAACAAACAGUGAAGGACCUUCAGAAUCGACUUGAUGAAGCUGAGCAGUUGGCACUGAAAGGUGGAAAGAAACAACUUCAAAAACUAGAGACCAGGGUUCGCGAACUGGAAAAUGAACUGGAGGCAGAACAGAAGCAGAGCAGCGAAAACACCAAGGCAUACAGGAAGGUGGAUCGAAAACUGAAAGAAGUGAUCUAUCAGGCAGAAGAAGACAAGAAGAACGUGGUCCGUCUGCAAGACCUAGUAGAUAAGCUUCAGGCGAAGGUCAAGUCCUACAAAAGACAGUCGGAGGAAUCUGAAGAACAAACCAAUGUCCAACUGUCAAGAAUGAGAAAACUACAGCAUGACCUGGAUGAAGCGGAGGAGAGGGCCGACAUCGCCGAAUCUCAACUCAACAAGCUGCGAACCAAGAGCCGCGACUUUGGUGGGAAGGGGAAAGAAGGAGAUGUCUGA